CACUUUCAAGCGCACACCAACAAAGGAAAGGAGAAGAUAUCGCCAAAGCAAACAAAGUAGAAUAAUAGUGUUAGUAUAUGGGGUCUGGCUGCUCCUGCUGGUCCUUUUCCUCCGCCAUUUCCCUUUCUCUCUCUUUCUCAGAUCGGGUCCUCUGUUAUUCCCCCGCCAUUCUCCUCCCUAAUUAUACAAAGCCUAGGAGCUUCACUUCCAAUCCCACUUCUGAGACUCUGUUUCGGGGCUACCUGCAGAAAUCCCACCAAGCCAUGAAGAGUGAAUCUGCACUUUCUUCUUCUUCAUUUGUAAAUUUGAAUUCCGGGAAGGUUGAAGAAGAGAAAACCCCAGAUGAAAGUUCUGCGAAACCCAUAAUUUCUGAUCUUUGUGAUAUCAAUCCAAAGUUGUUUCAACAGAUGGUAUAUGACGCUCUGGUUUGGAGUUCUCUUCAUGGACUUGUUGUUGGAGACAAAAGCGUUCAGAGGUCAGGAACAGUUCCUGGCGUAGGUCUUGUACAUGCUCCAUUUGCUUUAUUGCCCACUUUCUUCCCUCAAAUUCAUUGGCAACAAGCGUGCGAGCUUGCUCCCCUUUUCAAUGAGCUUGUGGAUCGCGUUAGUUUGGAUGGCAAAUUUUUACAGGAAUCAUUGUCCAGAACGAAGAAAGUGGAUGCUUUCACUAGUGGACUGUUGGAUAUUCAUUCCAUGAUGCUAGAAAUUAACAAAAAAGAGGAAAUACGUCUGGGUUUACAUCGUUCAGAUUAUAUGCUUGAUGCUCAGACUAAUGCACUUCUCCAAAUAGAGCUCAAUACUAUUUCAGCUUCUUUUGCCGGCCUUGGUUGUGUUGUCAGUGAACUUCACAGUAAUUUACUCAACCACUUUGAAAAGAAUCUUGGAUUGGAUCCCUCAAGGGUCCCUAAAAACGAUGCAGUUAGCGGGUUUGCAGAGGCAUUAGCUAAAGCUUGGAAUGAGUACAAUAACUCUAGGGCUGUAGUUCUGUUUGUGGUUCAAACUGAAGAGCGCAACAUGUAUGAUCAACACUGGCUUUGUACCAUUUUGAAGGAGAGACAUUCCAUGACUUCCAUUCGUAAAACAAUGGCAGAAAUAGAUGCAGAAGGAGAGCUUCAACCAGAUGGAACACUUCUUGUUGGUGGCCAACCAGUCGCCGUCAUCUAUUUCAGAGCAGGAUAUGCACCAAGUGAUUAUCCUUCAGAAUCAGAAUGGAGAGCCAGAUUGUUAAUGGAGCAGUCUUCUGCAAUCAAGUGCCCAUCCAUUUCCUACCAUUUAGUAGGAACCAAGAAAAUUCAGCAAGAGCUGGCAAAACCCAAUAUACUUGAAAGAUUUCUUGAGAACGAGGAUGAUGUUGCCAAACUACGCAAAUGCUUUGCAGGGUUAUGGAGUUUAGAUUAUUCUGAUGUUGUAAAAAAUGCCAUUGAAAGACCUGAUUUGUUUGUGCUCAAACCCCAACGAGAAGGAGGAGGUAACAAUGUCUAUGGUGACGAUUUGAGAGAAACCCUACUGAAAUUGGAGAAGGAAGGGAGUGAAGAACGUGAUGCCUACAUUCUUAUGCAAAGGAUUUUCCCCUGUGCUUCUCUUGCAUAUCUGGUUCAACAGGGAGUUUGUCACCAAGACCAUGCUAUAUCAGAGCUUGGGAUGUAUGGUGUUUAUCUAAGGAAUAAAGAUAAGAUCAUAAUAAAUGAUCACAGUGGUUACCUGCUGCGAACAAAAGUUUCAUCAUCAAAUGAAGGUGGAGUUGCUGCUGGGUUUGCAGUCUUGGAUAGUAUAUACCUGACAUGAUUGAAUUGGUGUCCUUAGACAAAAAGGAAUAUAAAUAAAAACAAUAAAAUGUCACCAUGUGAAUCCACUGCCAGGGGUGGGAAAAAAAACACUUGCUGGCACAUUUCAAGCCUACAUUAGACCAGAUCUUGAAUUCAGUUUAACUUGCAGUUAAGUUGGACAAUCUGAAAGUUUCUUCAGGUGCAGGAAAGCUCAGUUCCUCAAGAAGGGAUUAGGUCUCUGUUUUUUUUUUUUAACCAUGUACUAUUGGAAGGUGCAAUGUGGUUUG